UAAAAACACUGAAACGUUGCCAAGGCAGAGAUGGGUGGCGGACACCCGAGACGCGCGCGGAUGUACAGGCCUACAUUCUGGCCUAAUAAAUAAUCACCAAUGUCAUUAGGCUUUUUGUGUUUUGUGUAACAGGAUGUCUCUUCACAUUCACCACUGUUUGGAGGCUGGAAAUAUGUUGCCAGUGGAAGAACGUGCGCGGGUAGCCUAGUAAAAGAGCCCUUUGAAGUGAUUGUUUGACAAUUACAGUACAUAUACCUUCGUUGACUGGAAACGUGAAGCCGGCUAUAUUGUGGUAGGGUUAUUUUCUGUGAAUACCCACCAUAACGAUGCACAAAUCAGAGAGUCCAAUCAAUGCACAAGACUCCUGAUGUGCCCAAAGCUACUCUAGGGCGUGUCACUCACCUGUGUGCGACUGCGCAUGCCGGAGAGAAAGUGGAGGGCGAGGAUCAGCUGUCCGGUUGAUGUCUGCAGGUUCUGAGGACCUUGCAGUAUUUUUCAUGUCAAGAUUCGUGACACGUGAAACUUUGAAUUUGGUGACUUGCCAUUUAUGUUUGGAAUAGACGUCAAGAUGGCGCAAAAGAGUAGUUCCAAUAAGGUAUUCAAAAACUUGUUUUCUAAAAGCGAAGCCAAAUUGACCGUGGAGAAGGAGAAAGAUGAACGUGGAGGAAAAAAGUUCAAACUCUUCAAAUUCAAGAAAAAUACGAAACACGGCAAAGCUGAAGAGAAGCAAGUGGACUUCAGUGCUGCUGAGACCAAUGGAUCUGGUGGCGAUGCCCAGGGGAGGGAUGCUGAAGACUGGCCUGAUGUUAAUCACACCAAGAAGACCAGAUCUCUGACUGCUCCCAGGUCAAAGCAUGUUGUCCCCCCUCUCCCUCCCCCUGUCUCACUCACUAUCCCUCCCUCUGCCUUUCCAUCUAUCGCUCGCAAACAGGCCAAGGACCUCAGCUACUCAGAGAUGGACCUCCGUGCCAAGCCCAAGAGGUUCGGCACUUUCACCUUUGGCUUGAAGAGGAGUAAGAAGAAGAGUGACAGGGAUCUAUCCCAGCGUGUCGUGGCCCUCCACAGCCCCAUUCCAGAGGUCAAAGGGCAAGAGGAGGAGGAGCCUUUGGACCUCAGCCUCUGGGACAUCGGCCAGGGCGACAUCGGCCAGGGCUCUCUGAAGAGGUUCGCUAUGUCUCAGCCUGACAUAAACACUACGACACGGGGCACCUCUUAUCCUCCUGCCACUGUCCCCAAUGUAUCGCAGGCCCAGGAGCCCCUGAUCGACAGUCCUAAGACUGUCACCAACCAAUCAAAAUACCAGGAAUCCCUGAUGGACAAGAUUAUUCCUUUUGAAGUGGGUCAGCAUACAGGAAAAGCCCCUUUAGCUAUGCCUGAGAUGGUGUGGGACGAGACCUCAGAGGAAGAGGAGAGCCCGGAUGUUCAGUGUGACAACCCUUAUGCCUCAACAGACCAUACUGACACAACUUAUAUGGAUGUUGAUCGCUUUAACCCAACUCCUCCCUCUUUCCCAUCUAUCCCACCACCCUGCUAUCCAUCUUGCCCACCUACACCCUUUUGCUCUCCUCCUACUACAGUUUACACCACAGACCAGAGAGAUGACAUUUCCCACUCCCCAUUACCCAGCUCUGACCCUGUGAGUAGUGGUCUUUCUGAUUCUGUCUUUCAUGUUACUGAAUACUCACUUACCAAAGCUGAGUCCUGUGUUACCUUCUCCAUUGGCCAACCUGUUGUUGCUGAAAAUAUCAGCACUGUUACCCCUAAUACUGAUCCCUCUCCCAUUGCCUUGGACCCCAAUAGAGAAACCUCUGUGACUGAAACAGACACACCUGUCCCUGUGGUUAAAACCGAGAGCUUUGCGCUCAACCCUGAUACUUUGGCGGACGACACUGACACCCCUAUUCUCAUCACUGUCAGCUCUUCUCUUGUCACGAUCAACUCUGUUACUGAUGUGGACCCCCUUGCUGACACUGUUACUACCAUUGGCACCACCUCCAUCAAUGACACCUCUGUCUCUACCACGGGUACAUCUAUGCCUGAAACUGUCACCUCCGUCACCUCUGAAGAGGUCAGCACCGCUGUUCCUCAUCUUGGCCCCUCUCCCGCUGAAAUGGUCAUCCCCGUUCCAAGCACUGACAAAUCUACAGCUGAAAUGCUUGGGGAAUCCUUUGUCACAAAAUCCUCAGUCACCAUUGACGCUUCCGGCUCCUCUACAAUCUCUGAAACGAUGGCAACUGCGACCGGUCAAGAAGCAGAAGUAGAGAUUAUGGAAGCGGAAAAUAUUCUGAACUGCGACCCUGACAUCGUCAGGGAAAAAUCAAAUGACGUGUCCACAAUUGCUACUGAGGAAGUUCAAGAAGCAGGGAUGAUGGAAGAGGCCAGCAUCAUAGAUUAUAAUAGACAGAUCGAGGAACAUAUGCCCUGUGAUGCAAAAGUUGUCAGGGCAAGCUCACAUUAUGUGGCCAUACCAGAGAACAGCAGUGCCAUGGACGUCACUAUAUCAGUGGUCCAUUACAGCAUCCUGGACGAUGACAAGGAGGAGAGUGGAGAUGAAAAGGUAAAAGUGGAGGAAGAGAAAGGCACGGGCAGACAGUGGAGGAAUGGUAAUGAAACCACCGAAAUGGUAUGGAGUGUGGCAUCGCAGAAAGAAACUGAAGAAAUGUUCGAAACGAGGGUUAGAGGUCAAGAGAGUGAAGCCCACAAAGAGAAGAGAAACAUUGAGUGCCAAGACGAGAGUGACCCGGCGAGCCUAGCGCAGGUGGAGGAGAGAAAAGCGAGAGAAGUCUGGCCACGGGUGAAGGAAAAGAGGGAGGAGGGGGUGGAACCAGCCCUGCCGGUUCAGCAGGUGCACACGCUCACGGAAUGUGAGUCGCCAGCCCUACCUUUCACCACAGAGCAGCAUGGAGAGGAGGAGGGGUCAGGGAGUAACCGGAGUGUGGUUACGCAUGCUUGCCCGGGAACAGAGGCCUGCACUUGUACAAAUGCACAGACCCCAUGCCAGGAAGAGCCACAGGAGGGAGUGAACGAGUCCCGCAGCGCAGAGCAUAAACACUCUAACAACCGAGGGCGAGAGGACACACUCAAAACACACAAACCACUCGCACACAUUGCCGACGGAGAGGAGAGGAUUUUAGCCACGCAUACAACAGAGAUAGUGGACUUAGUCACUCGUACUGUCGAGGACACGGGUGCACCGAGCACACCAUCUUUCACUGACCAGAAAACAAACGUAGACCCUGUCGCACACAGUGCAGAUGGUGAGAACAGACUCCCACUUGACACAGACAGAGAAGAGACAUCGACAGACACAUUCGCACAAAGCGCUGAGUCCGAGUCCAACACAUACACUGCAAAGGGAGAACACAAAGGGACACUCAGUACUGAGUGGACAGACAGUAUUUUUACUCAGGACACAGACGGAGCCAGUGGAGAGCCAGUGUCAGAGCAGGUGGCAGGGAAUCCUCCAGUCACAGGAGACCCAAUCCUCGAGAGACUUCGGAAGAGAGCCAGCGGUCUUGUCACUGAGGACACAGAGAGACCCGGUGCAGAGCCAGAGCAGGUGGAAGUGAAGCUGUCAGUCACUGUAGACACAUUCCUCAACUCACAGAAGAACAGAGUCAACUGCCUCAGCCAGCCAGAAGGGUCUCUGGAUGCUUCAGCUGUUCUCAGUACUGCUUUAAAAGAUUCUGAUUCAGAAAUUCAGCAGAUAGUGGCUUAUCUGGAGUCAGACAGCGAGAUGAAAUUAUUCCGUUCCACUCUCAUUAUAAGACCCUCUCCCACCCACGAGGGCAUGGAGGAAUCAAAACAGGACUUCCGCAAAGUCUCCCAGGUCACCGACAAUGACACCACAGACCACACUGAAUACAGUGUGGACUACAGUACAAGCACUAUCACUGACCCCAAUAGAACUGAAAGUGACCUAGGUCCAGUCGUACCAGAAUACAAAUGGAGAAACCAGGAUGAGGGGGCGCAAACCACUUUCGACCCCACAGGUGUUUCCUGGCGCUCUGACUCUCAGUCGAAUGAGUCAAGAGUGUCCACCACGUACAAUGGAUUGUACUCCUCCCUGUCCCCCUCCCUCCCUGUGUACAGACAACACCUCACCUCCCCCGGGCCGCCAUUCCAGGAACCUGGCCUGUCCUCCCACUCCUCGAACAUGCCCGGUUCCCCCGGCAACGGUCACUGGCUGAGCGACAGGAGCGAAGUUCAGCUGAGCCAUGAGAGUAGCGAGCCAGAAACAGGCAGGGGGAGGAGGAGGGAGUGGGAAGAGGAGGAGGAGCUAGCCACUGCACCUGCAGGACAGAGAGAGAGAGGGGUAGAGCAAAAGAGUAGGGCGGGAGAGUCCGUGGCAAAGAAGAUAAAAUCAGGCUGUGAUCCACAGUCGCUCCCAGUCUCAAACUUCUCCUCGGCGGGUCAGUCUAUUGACGACGUGGACUACAGCAGAGACAGCAGUAACUUCUUCUCUGGGGUGUACAAGGCCACACUCGUGGAGCUGCUCCCUGACCCCUCCUCCUCAGACCCUUCCCCCUCUUCCUCUCCCGUGACCCCUGACCCAGGCUCCCCCUAUCACGGUGACAUGGAAUGCCUGGUGGACACCCUGAAGAGCAUGAACCCUAUCCCGGUCCAGAGGCAGAGGAGCCUGCGUGGGACCACUGCCCCCUCCAUCUUCUCCUCCCUUUCCCCUAUCGUGGAGGAUGCCCCCUGCUCCACCCCCACCAACACCAACACCAAAUCUCCCCAGGUGCCCGCUGGGUCUUCGCUGGAGGUCCCUAACAACCGUUACAUCCUUCCCGCAGACCUGGGCCUCAAACGGGGUGCCCCCAAAGAGAUGCGCUCCCCUCUGGAGUUGAUGAAGCUCCAGCAGCUCCAACAGCAGCAGGAGCAGCAGGCUGGGGACCAUUUGAACCGUGGAAGCCUCAACCUCCCACUCCGAGCCUCGGCUCUUAACAGCAUCAUCGUGAGGAAGAGCUCCUUGGGCAGUGACUCGUCCUCAGAGCACUCGCCGUCCCCCAUACUAAACGGAGGGAGCAACAACCAGUCUCCAAGCCCCUCGCGCCUGGACAACUCGUUCCUCUUCUCCAGCUAUCGUUCAGCAUCGAUUGAUCAGCCACAGGAGAAUGGCAAUGCCCAUAGCCCAGGCCAGCGGCCCUCUCUUUUCCGUACGAGCUCCCUACCGGACAUAGGGCCUAACCAGGACCGCAUGAGCUCAGGGGUUGGUAUGGGCAUGGCCGGUGGGCCUGGGAGCAGACUUGGAUUUGAAUCUGGAGCUGGAACCGGAACUGACCCUUCUACCCCCUUCCGCUACGAACGUUUCUCCUCCCUGAUGUCUGGCUCCUUAACCGGAAACAACACCGACACCAACUCUCGAAUGAGCAGGCCCCCUCCCCUCCCUAGCUUCACCUCUACCCUCGGAAGCCUCGGCAGUCCCACAAGCUCAUCUCUGGACAUCCACAGGUCGUUCGCCAAUUCUAACGACUCCCAGUCCAAGCUCAGCCCGGGACUGGGUGGUAUGGGCUCUGUGGGCUCUAUUGGUCUGGGUCUGCAGAGGAGCUUCAGUAACGAAGGCCUGAACUCACCACUGUUCAACACAGCGUCUGUCCAUGGAGGAUCUCACUUCAGUCCAGAGCCAGAGAAGAACCUGAUGCCCAAGUAUAGAGCUUUCCCCGACGCCUAUCUCACCAAGGAGAAAGAACAUGGAAAGCUCAACCCUCGGCCAGGAAAGAUGUUCAUCUUUGACCAGCCAGGAAUGUGUGGCCAGCGGAUUGAGGUGCGGAGUGAUGUCAUUGAUGCCACACCCUGGCAACUACAGGAGACUAUCUCGAUCAGGGUUGUCAGGGGAGGCUGGGUCUUGUAUGAGAAGCCCAACUUCAAAGGGGAGAAGAUAGCUCUGGACGAGGGGGACAUAGAGCUCACCUACCCCUUCGACGCCCCUGAGGAGGAAGGGGAACAACAACAGGAGCAAAAUGGAGUGGACGGACAGAAGGAGGGAGGAGAAGAAGUUGUGGAGGCCAAGCCGGCCAGGAGGUUCAUCAUAGGAUCAGUACGAAGAGCAGUCAGGGACUACAGUGUGCCAGAGAUCAGUCUGUUCCCAGAGGAGAAUGCCGAGGGGAAGAAGGUGACCUUCAGAGACACGUCAGAUGACGCCAGGAUAUUCGGCUUCCCCGUCAAAGCCAACUCCAUCAUCAUCAACGCUGGACUAUGGCUGGUGUACCCGCAGCCUUUUUUCCAGGGCGUACCACGUGUCCUGGAGGUGGGGGGGUUCCCCAACCCUGCAGCCUGGGGCGUGGAACAACCCUACGUGGGCUCAGUGCACCCGCUCAAAAUAGGUGAACCGAGAGUGGAGAAACCCGGUGAGCCAAAGCUGGUGCUGUAUGACAAGCCUUACUUCACUGGGAAGAAGAGGACGAUCUACACCAACAUGAGAGACUUCAUGACCAGACUGGAUAGACAGCAGACUGCCUUCAUGUACAGCCCUGGAUCCAUCCAAGUACAGGGAGGCUGCUGGGUUGGCUAUGAGAAGGAGGGUUUCCGAGGCCACCAGUAUCUGUUGGAGGAGGGAGACUACCACGACUGGAGGGUGUGGGGGGGCUGCGAUUCCGAGCUGCGCUCCGUCAGAGUCAUACGAGCGGACCUGACGGAGCCCAUGCUGGUGAUGUAUGAGCAGCCAGACGAGGAGGAGGAGGAGGUGGUGGAGCAGGAGAACACCUUUGAGGUGACCAAAUCCAUUCCUGACGUGGAGUUGUUUGGUUACCACACCACCACGCGCUCCAUACAGGUCCUCAGUGGAGCAUGGAUCGCCUACUCCCACGUGGACUUCUCUGGUGACCAGUAUAUCCUGGAGAAAGGCUUCUACAGUAACUCUGCUGACUGGGGCUCUUCAGACAACCGCAUCUGCUCUGUCCAGCCCAUCCUACAGGCUCCGAGUGAAAACCAGGGCAACGUCAGAAGAGAGGUGAUGCUGUACACGGAGCCAGAUUUCCAGGGUGAAUGCCAUCUGUGUGACACGAACCAGGAGUCCCUCUCUGACAAGCUCAUCGCCAAGUCCUUCAGAGUGGUGGGAGGAAGUUGGGUGGUGUACGAGGGCCGUGAGUAUUCAGGGAACCUGUACAUCCUGUCAGAAGGAGACUACCCCAACUUCACCAGCAUGGGCUGUCCUCCGAAUUGUGUCAUACGCUCGCUGAAGACUGUCCCACUGGUAUUCUCAGUGCCCUCCAUCUCUCUGUUUGGUCUGGAGUGUUUGGAGGGCAGGGAGAUCACAGUGGACACAGAGGUGGUCAAUAUGCUGGAGGAGGGCUACAACAACCAUCUACUCUCUGUCAGAGUCAACCGAGGCUGCUGGGUGCUGUGUGAGCACAGUAACUACAGGGGGCGCCAGUUCCUAUUAGAACCCAUUGAAAUCACCAACUGGCCCAAGUUCAGUCAGCUUCUCACCAUUGGCUCAAUGUACCCAGUACUACAGAAGCGGCGCUUCUUCCGCAUCAAGAGCAAGGAGCGAGGUCACUUCCUGUCCAUCCAGGGCGGCGUGGAGGAAAUGAAGUCGGGACGCGUGGUGGUGAUCGAGCAGGUGGAGGGCAUGAGCGACAUCUGGUUCUACCAGGAGGGCCUCAUCAAGAACAAGUUGGCUCCUACUAUGAGCCUGCAGGUGAUGGGGAAUGUGGAGGCGGGGGCGAAGGUGGUGCUGUGGUCAGAGGCCCGGCAGCCUGUCCAGACCUGGUCAGCCCAGAUGAGAGGCACCAUCCCCAGCCUUACCUUCCCUGGUAUGGUGUUGGACAUCAAGGGUGGCAAGCAGUACGACAGAGACCAUGUGGUGAUUUUACCAGAGAGUGAGGAGAGGCCUUGCCAACAGUGGGAGUUGGAGCUGCUAUAACCUUCCAAUAACCUUCCUUCAACCCACACCCUUCACCCGCUCCUCCAAUACAAUACAUUGCAAUAUCACCAAGCCCUCAGAACUCCUGCUCUUCAGUCUGUGGAGAUGGACAUUAGGAAGCACCACAUACUUUAUCCUUGUCAUCACCAGGCAACUUCAAGAUGAUCUGAGAACGUCUUCAUUGUAGUUAAAGGGUGUUUUCUUUCAUUCCGUGAAAAAUCCUACGAGGAUGAUCAUUUUUUUGCCUCGACGCGAGGGCCGCGGCAUACGAACGACUCGACAAUAAACAACCAGCGCCUUUUGAAUCAACUGGAGAGGAUGGGAAGGAUAAUGCCCCCCCCCCCUCCUCCUCCUCCUUAAAUAUGUAUAUUUGGAUUAUUCUAUUUACAGACAUUCAACCCUAUCAGAUUCUUCCUUGACUUGGAUGGUAUGACCCGGCUUACCCACACACAGUAGUGGACUUAACCAUUCACUUGAACUCACCAAUGAUUAUUGGGAAGGUCCGAGUUACAUCUACUGAAUGGUACAUUAUCUGUGGCUAGAUGCAGUAUAUUAAAGAUGGAUUCAUAAAGGAAGUCACAUCUAUUAUGCACAUUAUUUUCUGAAUUGACUUAAGAUUUUUUUUGUGUGUAUUUUGUUUGACUAUGCAGUGUACUACGUUUUGGGAAAACAUUGGAUGGGACGUGUAUUCGUGAUGCAGUAUAAUACAUACACAACACAUAUAAUCAUGUAUGAUGCAGUUCAAUGACCCUGUGGGCUUUUAUGCAGUUCUUCUCUAAUGCUACAAGUAUGUUCAUCAAGUUGGUGUUUCUAUUCCACUAUGGUAUUACGUCUGUAUUUGCAUAGAUAUUAAUCAUACAUUGCCAUUCACUGUCAACAUACAGGUUUUGCUCUAUUUGUUAUAUAACACCAAAUGCCUUGCUUCUCUGUGCAUUCUUUUAUACCAAAAAUAUGUGAAUGGAAAUAAACGUGUUUUUAAAAUAUCAAGUCUAAAUAUGAAAUAAAACAUAUCAGUUGUUGAA